AUGAAAAAAAAAUUUGUUUGUGAUAUUACCAUUUUUAAAAUUGUUUUUUAUAAAACUUUUUCAACUACUUUACAUUUAAGACAAAGAAAUUUAUAUGAUGUGCUUGGCAUUUCUAAGGAUUCUUCAUACCAAGAAAUUAAAGAAGCAUACUUUAAGAAAGCUAAAUUAGUUCAUCCUGAUUUAGUUAAUAAUUCAUGUUCUACUUCAAACUGUAAAAAAGUAAAAAAUCAUCAAGAGUUUAUUGAUAUAAAAUUUGCAUAUGAUAUUUUAAAAAAUCCAGAAACCAGAAGGUUAUAUGAUAAGGGAGUUGAUUCUUUUCUUAUUAAGAAAAAAAAAUUUUCAAAUAAAGCAACGACUGAUGAAUCAUCGUUUUAUCAUAAUAAUUACAAUAGCACUAUAAAUAGAAAAAGGAAUUAUUACUAUUCAAAUAAUAUAAAUUACUCAUCAAAUUCAGAAGAAUUAAAAAAGAAAAAUGAAGAAGAGUGGAAAGGAAUCUUAAGAUUUACUACACUGACAUUUUUUUCUGUUUUUAUAUAUUUAUUUGGUUAUAAUGUGUUAUUUGCUACAAGAGUAGAAAAAUUUAAUGAUCUUAUCAAAAAAGAUGAGAUAGCUCGAAGUUAUAUAAGACAAUUUGGAGAAAAAGAAAAACUAACUGAUAGAGAAGAAUUAGAUAAAUAUGGUAAAAUAUUUUUUGAAGAUAUUGAAGAAGCAAGAAAAAAGAAGUUAAAAGAAUCAAAAUAA